UAGAAGCGGAACAUUUUAGAUGACGAACGGAUUAGACUUCUUAUACGGAUGUAGCAAUGUAGCUUUUGCCGAUGCUGCGACGAAGAUCACCACGGUAGCGAGUGCACUAGCACUAAAUCAGUCUCUGUUACGGGACUAGCGACAGGGUACGGGUUCCGCGAUAAGCGAUACUAUAAUAUUGCACGACUUUCACUACUCACGAGUGUGUAUGCUGAAUAUUUUUACUCUCUAUGUGAGUGGGCCGAGCCGCGUUACGUCGUGGCCAAGGCGACUUGAGUUAGCUCCCGAAGUGGAAUUGCAGACACAUGGUACACGACCCAAUGUAAAGACUCAGCAACGGCAAAAGACCACUCAUCAUUCGCACUCGCACAGAUUAGCACCGACAGGAAAACCCUCAGAUCUGUUGCCAGUAUCAUCGACUGUUAUUCCACUGUCAAUCUACAAAGUUGGCUAUGAAGUGAGCGUUACAAGCGACACCAAACACGAUAAGCUGGAUACGCCAGCAAAACUUAUCACCGUGAAUAGCAAGAAAAAGUAUCAGCAGGAGAAGACCCAGGCAAAGAUUAAGCAAGUGUCUAAAGCAGAAUUUGAAAAGCAAAAAUCAGAAACGUAAAAAAUCUAUUGAAAACAUCAAAAAAGAGGAAAUUCUAAUCUUGCUCAAAGGAGGUGAGGGUAGUCG